AUGAACAAUAGCUAUUAUUCACCUUCACUCCACCAAUAUUCAGCAUCGUACAACUAUGUGCAUGAGUACCCAGUAUCAACAACACCUGCAUAUUGUUAUUCGAUUUCGACGCAACCUUCAUGUCCUGUUCAUUCGCCACGGAAUUUCUAUGCAUCUUCAACAUCACCUUCAAUGAAUAUAUCACUUGUGCCUUCCAGUUAUUAUCAACCACAAAACACGGAAUUAUAUUCUCCUUGUGUUCAAAGACCAACACCUGUUCACCAUGUUGCUGAUCGUACACCGCUUCGUCGACAUCGAUGCUUUAAAAAACAUGAAAUUCAAAUACUUCAUCAAGCAUACAAUCGUGAUUCUCAUCCAUCAACAGAAACUCUUCGACAAUUGGCAGUUCAUUUGGAAGCUCCAAUUGAGAAAGUUCGACAAUGGUUCAAAAAUCGGCGACACAGCGACAAACAAAAGAAACGAAUUAUUUCAAUGACUGAAACAACAACAACAAGCAAUUGA